GCCGCAUAACGGAGGCGCUCCAAGUUCCAUCUUCGUCACCAUCAACAAAGAAAUCGAGACAACACUCAUUGUAGGUCUUUCAUUUGGUCAACUCGUAGUCACCUUUCCUUAGAGGCCUUCUGUUUGCUGCAAGCACUGGUGCUUUCUAGACGUAGUCGCUUGGUGCUUUCCAUCACUAUAUCAAGUGAAGAGUGCACGAUUGACUUCAGCAACGAAGAACGCAUCAGUCACGCUCAGACCAAGAUGGGCGACCGCACAGCCUUCUUCUACGGCACCUUGAUGGCCCAGGAAGUCCUCUACAGAGUCAUCUUCGGCACCUCCACAGUCAGCAGAUACAACGUCCAAACCGUCACUCAAACCCCCGCUAUUCUCCACAACCACAAGCGUUCUCGCGUCCGGUACUGUGACUACCCCGGCGUCAUUCCAUCGAAAGGUCACUCCGUCCGCGGUACAUACGUCACUGGCCUUACUGACGGCGACAUCUACCGUCUCGACAUGUUCGAGGGAACCUCCUACGAGCUCAGAGGCGUGCGUGUGCGUCUCCUGAAGAGCGAAGGCGAUGAAGCAACCGGCGAAGGAAACGUCGAAGGCGAAGAAGUGGAGACAAAGACAUACAUCUGGAUCGAUGAGGAAGACCGUCUUGAGGACAAGGAGUGGGACUAUGCCACUUUCAGAAAGGAGAAGCUGUCUAGAUGGUCCGGUGGUGAGCCUGAAGAGCAAGGUUGGGAUGAUGAUGAGGAGAAGACUGAAGACAUUGACCCUACUGGCGGUAGAUUCGGCAACGGUCAGAUCGCUCAGGACCUCGAGAAGGAGCAUGAGAAGCUGAAGCAGCAGGGCGGUGAUGAUGGCGAGCCUUUGAAGAGUGCUGUCUAGAUUCACACACAUGACGAAAAGCAUGAUUACGCAUUACAACAUGAAAUACACUAGAAUACAAGAGCUCUCUUAGCUCCCAUCUACCAUCCAAAACAAGCCUGUAAAAAUGCACAGUAAAUUGUAGAAACCAUGAGAUGUCCGC